AUGCGUGCCCUCGCGCCUGUCGGAGUCCUGGUUGCCAGUGGCUUCUUGCAGCAGUCGACUGCCCAAGUUGCUGGCUAUGGGCGAGUUUCCAUCUCCCUUGCUGUCACUGCUCAUUGUGCUGACCAGGACUCCAGAUCUCCUGAUAUCGGCUCUGGUGCAGAUUCGUACGGCGAGCCAGACAAUGCCCCCCGGAACGGCGCCUCUGCCACGAUUGAUGGCCUCCCCGCUGGCUCUCCUGGUGGCCCGACGUGCGUUGCGCAAGGCACCACGACUGUCUUUGUGACCGUCUACCCUACCAGCCCUGUGUCUCCCGCUGGUGGCUCUCUUUCGGCGGCAGGCGGUCCCAAGCAGACUGCCCAUCACACCCUGAACCCGACUCGCACCAUUCGCGUUUCUCCUUUUGGUCAUUCUCAGGCAACGCGCUCUUCUGUCUCCCCUUUCACGACCAUCACCGUUGAUCUUUGGGGCCAUGGUGCCGAUGCGGGAGACAAGUCUGGUGAAGCUGCCACUGGUGCUGGUUCCGGUUCCCCUGCUGCCAACGAUGCCUCCCCCUCUUCCCAUCCCUCUUCUGCAGGCGCUCCUGCUGGCUACGGGGAAGACUCCGGUGCUUCCUGGCCCCAGCCCGCUGCCACCAUUGAUUCGGUCGGGUCGGACGGAGAUUCUGCCGGCACGGUUGCGGGCGGCGCUCUCCCCUCCCCCACUAGCUUGAGAGCUUCCCCUGACGGGUCUCUCGCACCCUACGGUCCCAGCAACCCUGCCCCAGGCUCGCCCGGCUCUGGCCGUAAGGGAGCUGACGGAGUCACCGCCUGGCCCACUGUGGUGACUGAUACCGAGGUUCAUUGGGUUCUCGGCUCUGAAGGCCCGACUCCUGUCACCAUCUUGUCGGAGCACACCAUUUUCGCAACUGGCGCAGCCCAGGCUCCCGCCGGCGGUGAAGUAGUCACCUGUGUGACGAACAUUGGUCCCGACGGGCACGCGACUGUCCUGGAGUGGCCAGCUGGAGCUCCGCAAGGCAACGGCGGGCCCGCUGUGUCGACGGUGGCCGGCCUUCCCAAUGACCAAGGAUCCCUCUCUCCCCAGGCUGUCUCCACUGCCAUCAGCCCCCCUUCUCCCCUCGUGACGGCGCUCACGUCUGGAGGCGUGGCGGCUCCUGACGGAGGUGCCUCGACGACUUGCACCACCUACACUGUUCUUGGGGCCGACGGCGUUCCCACUGUUGUCCAUUCAUCCUGGGUGGUCCCCCACACUGGCCCAUUCACUGUUGCCUCUGGUCCUCUGCCCACGGACGCCUCUGGCCCAGUCCAAUCCCAGAAUGGCCCGAAUGGCCCUGGCAUCACAACGUGCACCAGCUACACGCUCCUCGGAGCAGACGGAAGGCCGACCGCGGUUGAGUCCACCUUUGUGCUCCCUGGCCCAGCAAACACCCAAGCCGGAGCUCCUGGAAACGCCGCAGGUGGUGUUCCCGUUCAAGUCACUCAGUUGCCCGGCCCUGUCCAGUCUGGCGUAGCCGAACUUCCGGAAGGCGGCCUCACCACCUGCACCACCUUCACUGUCCUCGGAGCCAAUGGGCUUCCGACUGUUGUUGAGACCACGUACGUUGUUCCCAGCCCGGAUGCCACACCGCUCGCCACCUACGCUCCCGGAGGCGUCAUCACGGGCGCGCCAUCUCAGAUCACUGGCUCUCCUGGGAAUCCUCAGCCUGAAAAUGCUGGCGCCGCCGGCAUCACGACGUGCAUCACCUACACCGCCAUCGGGGCCGACGGCAAGCCAACCAUUGUCGAGUCUACUGUGGUUAUGCCUGCCAGCGAUGCACUGCCUACGGGAGUCUCGCCCUUUUCAUUACCCGGUGGCCCCAUCACCACCUGCAUCACCGUCGAGGUCUUUGGACCCAAUGGUGUCCCCACCCCCGUCGUCGAGACUGUCGUCUUGACCCCAGCAGGAGCAAGAACCGUUUUUCCUGCUGCAACAACCAUUGGCCGACCUUCAAUGGUGCCUCAACAACAAACAAAUCUUCCCCAAGGCAUUCCCCCCUUCGCGUCGAACGGUGCAGUCACAACUUGCAUCACUGUGGACGUUGUGGGCCCCAAUGGCGUCGCGACUCCUGUUGUCCAGACCAUCGUCUUCACCCCAAGCGCAACGGGUCUCGGCUCUCCGGCUGCCCCCUCGGUCGCGAACGCGGCCGGACUCCCCGCCCAAUCUUUUGGUCCCCUUGGCCAGGGUGGCUCUCUGAAUACUGCUGUCCCGGGAGUUCCCAGCCUAGAUGCAUAUGGGGCCGCCGUGCCCGACUUGCAAACAAUUCUGCCUCCGUCUGGCGUGGUCUCGGGUCUCAACGUGGAAACACCGGGCGCUGCUGGUGACUCUGGGCUUCCCUUUCCCUAUGGCAGCAGCUCCGGAGAUCUGGGAGCUUUGGGAUCCGGUGCCGGAGAGCCUGCCCCGAACGCCUACGGCUGGAGCACACCUGACGCUGGGUUGUACGGCUUACUGUCCGCGCCGUCUGUCCCACAAGGACGCAGCACAUUGACGACGCUUCGAACCCUCACCUGGACCAACUUCAUUCCCGAGCCGACGACGACGUUCACCAUGAACUUUCCCCUGACGACCCUGGAAACCGUGACUGUUUCUGCGCCGUUUUAUCCCCAGAAGCGCGCGUUCCGACGCCAGGAGAGUUUCUCACUGUCGAGCUCGGCGUGGAGCAACGCCAGUGUUGCCGUACCGACCGUAUCGACAAGCGCCCCUCCGGAGGUGACCCCUGCGCCAGCUCCCCAGGGCGCCAGCGUCUCUGUCUUGUUCCCACCGACGACGUCUCAGGUCUUGCCGGGUGCUCCGAGCGGUCCUUCUGCAAUGUGCUCUUCUGGAGGCAAGAUCGGAAACACGACUGUCAAUUUUGACGACGUGAAGCCUGGACCACUGUUCAAUCCCUCUGGUGACAUUUGGUUCUCUGAAGGCUUUCUAGUCGCCCCCCCCGCGUCGCAGGCAGCUCAGUCAUAUCUCCCGUCUUCUGGUGGCCAGCUCGUAGAGUUUGUUCCCGCCUCACUCGCAAACCCAUCAGCCAGUCACCAGGGCACCGGUGACGCGGCGGAGGUCGGUGUCGGCCCCAACGCGGCAAGCCCCUGCUUCAGAUUCGACUUCUUCGGGGCCCAACUUGGAUGUGCCGCUGCAGGCAACGAGGAGUGGUGCGAGUUUGAGGUCUCGGCCUACACUUUCAACGAGGGGCUGUCUUUUGAGCAGUCCAUUGCCUGGUCCGAGACGAAGCGCGUCCCUGCUUGCCCCAGCUUUGCCAACGGCAACUGCCCGCUGACUCCCGUCGACUUUGUCGGCUACAAGAACAUCACGUCGAUUCUCGUCACUCUGCGCGUCGGCAUUGAGCUGCGGGCCUGGUGGGGCGACGACUUCAAGUUUGGCUGGACUGACAAUAGCUGCGAGGCGGCGAGCUGUCGCGCGAGCGCCACUCCCCAACACGUCAAGCGCGAGACUGUCGAACUGGCCCUUCGUCGGGGAGUCUGGCACUGGACUCCGGCUGGUCUUCAGCGGCUGGAUGAUGAGUACAUCUGGGACUCUGUCUACUGA